AUGCCACCUAGACCAGCCCUACACCCCCUACUCCCUACCGUACCCGGACCAGCACCUAGACCACCCUACACCCUACUCGCCUACACGUACCCUGGACCAGGCCACCUAGACCCAGCCCUACACCCCCUACUCCCCUACCGGACCCUGGACCAGCCACCUAGACCCACCCUACACCCCUACUCCCUACCGUACCCUGGACCCAGGCCACCUAACCCAGCCCUACCACCCCCUACUCCCUACCCCACACUAGACCCACCCGCUACACCCCCUACUCCCUACCCUACCCUGGACCAGGACCACCUAGACCCAGAACCUAUACCCCCUACUCCACUCACCCUGGACCCUACCCAGGCCACUAGACCCAGCCCUACACCCCCUACUCCCCUACCCUACCCUGACCAGCCACCUAGACCCAGCCCUACACCCCCUACUCCACUACCGUACCCUGGACCAGGCCACCUAGACCCAGCCCUACACCCCCUACUCCCCUACCUACCCUGGACCAGGCCACCUAGACCCAGCCCUACACCCCCUACUCCACCUACCGUACCCUGGACCAGCCACCUAGACCCAGCCCUACACCCCCUACUCCCCUACCGUACCUGGACCAGGCCACCUAGACCCAGCCCUACACCCCCUACUCCACUACCGUACCCUGGACCAGCACCUAGACCCAGCCCUACACCCCUACUCCCCUACCGUACCCCUGGACAGGCCACCUGGACCAAGCGCCUACACCCCCACUCCCUACCCUACCCUGACCAGGCCUACCUAGACCCAGCCUACACCCCCUACUCCCCUACCGUACCCUGGACCAGGCCACCUAGACCCAGCCCUACCACCCCCUACUCCCCUACCCUACCCUGA